AUGGUUUGCUCCAUCCGGGCUAAAGUGCACCAAGGCUCACAGGUUCAGAAUGUGAAAUAUGAAUGUGAUGCUAUGGGAUAUGUAGUCCUUUGUUCUCAGGAUUUUCCACAGUUGUGCAUUCAUAAAGAAGAUGAUGAAGAAGAAGGAAAUGAGAAACACUGUGUCCAGAACGAAGACACUGCAGAGCAGGUUCAUCAGGUCAUGAACAGGUCUGAACUGCCAAGAUGGAAAAUAACUGGACAGGAAAAUCAAACACUGGUCACAGAAUUCCUUCUUCUGGGAUUUGGAGAUCUGGAGGACCAGUGGUUUUUCCCCUUCCUGCUCUUCUUGGUCAUCUACAUUGCUACCAUGGCCGGGAACAUCCUCAUUGUUGUGCUGGUUAUAACUGACCACCACCUCCAUACUCCUAUGUACUUCUUCUUGGCUAACUUAUCCUGCCUGGAGUCCUGUUAUAGUUCUAGCAUCCUUCCCCUGAUGCUAGCUAACCUUUCUAAAGGGGGUCAAGGAACCAUUUCUGUAACUGGCUGCAUGGUGCAGUACUACUUUUUUGCUUCUCUAGCUGCUUCUGAAUGCUACCUGCUUGCUGCAAUGUCAUAUGACAGGUAUGUGGCAAUAUGCAAACCACUGCUCUAUAGAACACUUAUGAAUGGUCAGGUUUGCCUCCGCUUAAUAGCUGGCUCUUGUAUAAAUGGUUUCUUGGCUGCUAAUAUAAUAGUAUAUUUAAUGCACCAAUUGAGGUUCUGCAGCUCUCAUGAAAUCAACCAUUUCUUUUGUGAUAUCAAUUCAAUAAUAAAACAGGCAUGCAAUGAUACACACAUGCUUGAAUUAUUGUUAAUCUGUUUUGCUGGCCUGUUUUCCUUGCCUCCCUUCUUGUUGACCUUGGCUUCGUAUGUUUCCAUCCUAUCAGUCAUUCUGAGAAUCCCAUCAAGGAGUGGGAGAAAAAAAGCCUUCUCAACCUGCUCCUCUCACCUCAUUGUUGUCUUCAUCUUCUACAGCACAAUAAUGAUUGUCUAUACUUUGCCCAAAACAGAGGCACUUGGAGAUCUCAAGAAAGUCUUCUCUCUCUUCUAUACAGUCCUGACACCUUUCCUCAACCCUCUGAUAUAUUCCCUGAGAAACAAGGAAGUAAAGGAAGCUUUUAGAAAACUUAUUUCUAGAUUGGGUGCAUUUCAAAGAAAACAGGGAUCUAACUUUAUGCACUCACUUCUUUAA